AUGUCCGUCUGGAAUCCAGACAAUAUACGCGAUGUCGCCGAGUCUGUCGGUAUCAACAAUCUCAACCAUGAUGUGACCGAGAAUCUUGCGCGCGACGUCGAAUACCGCGUUGCGCAGGUGCUAGAGGAGGCACUCAAAUCGAUGCGCCACGCGAAGCGCACCAUCCUCACCACCCAAGACAUCUCUCUUGCGUUGCGAAACCUCGAUGUCGAGCCUCUCUAUGGGUACGAAUCCCUGCGUCCUCUGCGAUUCGGUGAGGCUUCAUUGGGGCCUGGACAGCCCCUGUUCUACGUUGAGGAUGAAGAGGUGGAUUUCGAGAAGCUGAUCAACGCGCCCCUACCCAAGGUUCCUCGCGAAGUAACUUUCACUGGCCACUGGCUCGCCGUGGAAGGCGUGCAGCCCUCGAUUCCCCAGAAUCCUUCUUCGUCCGACUCUCGCAAUCUCGAACUUACAUCGAAGGGACCAAACGCCAAUUCUACACUGGCUGCCAUGAGCGGUACUGGAGAUGUAACCGUAAAGCCGCUGGUGAAGCAUGUGCUCUCGAAGGAAUUGCAACUGUACUUUGAGAAGGUGUGCAGCGCUAUCUUGGAUGCGAACAGCGAGGAAUUCCGAACAUCCGGAUAUUCCAGUCUGCGCGAGGACCCGGGCCUGCACCAGCUGGUUCCAUACUUCAAUCAGUUCAUUGCUGAAAAGGUCACUCAUAACCUCAACAGCAUCUUCACCCUCACCCAGGUGAUGCACAUGGCCGAAGCCCUGGUGCAGAACUCAUCACUCUACGUCGACCCUUAUAUCCCCUCCCUUGUACCUUCUAUCUUGACCUGCCUGAUCGGCCGGCAACUCGGUAACACCCCCGAUCUGGCCGAGCAAUUCGCGCUGCGCGACCUCGCAGCCAGCCUUCUCGGACACAUCGCGAAGAAAUACUCCCACUCCUCCCACAUGCUCAAGCCUCGUCUCGUGCGAUCGUGCCUGAAGACCUUCCUAGACCCGUCCAAGCCAUUUGGUUCCCACUACGGAGCCGUGAUCGGAAUGCAAGCCGUGGGCGGAGCGGAGGUGGUGCGAGUGCUGAUUAUCCCCAAUCUCAGCGACUACGCCAAAUUGCUCAGCGACGGUGUCGAAGAUUCAGCUCGUCGACCAGCCGCCGAACGCGUUCUGAACGCCCUCGUGGCCGUGCUGACGUCGCUGCUUGCUGGCCAGCCUGCCUUGGCGAAUGGACAUCCUGCAGCUGUGACUGAUGAAUUGCGGUCUAAACUGACCGAAAAAGUGGGCGAUCUGAUCGCGACUCGCAUUGCCGAGGCCAACGAAGUCCAAUUGGCCCAUUGCAUCCUGGAAGCCUAG